CGCGGGAUUCAUAAACCGUGCAGCGUGAAAAAUGGCAAGGUCUGUACCCCCGCGUUUAAAAUUUCAAAUUUUACCUAAAAUAAGAAAUUUAAGCACUCCAGAGGGACCUCUUGGGCGAAUCAAGCAGCUGCAGAAACUAGUUGGCGCAAUUAUUCAGUAUGAGAGAAUAGAAUCACAAUGGUCUCGUGCGGACGAAGCGAGAGGAUAUGUUGAAAGGCUCAUCCAGGAGGCUGUACAGAAUGGCCCAAAUCACAAACCAACCAUGGAGCUUGCAAAUUACUGGCUUGUGGAUAAAGAUUUGGUGCACAAGCUAUUCAAGGUUCUGGUGCCGAGGUUCCAAAAUUAUACGCGUGCCUAUACGAGCAUGUUUCCACUUCCUCUCAAAAUGCCUGGUAGGGUCAACUACAAAGCUGUACUAGAACUGAAAGGAAACGCGUACCCGCAUGUGGUGCCUCAUCACCAUGACAACCACCACACCCUUCUCAACCAGCUGCUCAGCGCUGCUAACGACGAAUAUCGGCAGCAGAAGCUCGCCGAGAAGCUGAGCGCCCUGAAUAUUUCGAUGGCGCAAUUCGGCGACGAGGACAAGGCGACGGGGGAUGCAUAUUCCGGAGCGGAGGAGGAUGGGAAGGGUCGCACGGCAGCAGACGACAACGAGGAAGCUGCAGGGGGAUCGCCCGAUAAGACGACGACGGCGGCGUGAUGUACGUUCCGUGUUUCGUCGUCGUUGCUGCGAUAAUGAAUGACUGUAAUGCUGUUGGGUUGGGUGGCACGUGUUCUCCUUCAAGCAGUCGUGGAGUGACAGAGAUUCGGAAGCUGUGUUGAUCGAACGCGUGCCCGUUGUUUUUAUUAUCGUAAUUUGCACAAAGUGCAGGAAGUAUGUUAGUUUGUGUGCGAGAGUGAUUAAGAUAAAAUCUUAUCAGCAAUAGUACAAAACAUCUGUCGAUUAUUUAACUCAGACCAGACUUAAUCACUUGACUGUAUAUAGUUUUCACUCAAAUUUUCAUUCAGACAUAAAAACACAUGUAACUUUAUUAAAAUAAAUCAAUAAUGUGUAUAAAUAUAAGUAA